CGGGGUGGACGCGGGGGGGCGGGCCGGGGUCGCGGGGACGGGGCCGCCUGGAGAGUGUGUGGAGCUCAUCGGUCCCAAGGGAUUCGGAAGCUUUCUGGGACAACCGGGUUGUGACUCGGCGCCGUGAGCGGCUCUGGAGCUGUUUAUGGCCAAGGGGAAAGUGUCCCUUCACGGGAUUCCCUCCCAGGAACAACCCUUGGGGAUAGAUCGAGGUCUCCGGGAGACACCGCGUUAUUGUGCGGUCCCUGACUUUUGUUUUAUCCCAGCAAUAUGCCUCCCAGUUCCUGCUCAGGAAACGUCGAGCCAAUUCUUUUAUGGAAGAAAGUAAGAAAGGAAAUCUAGAAAGAGAAUGCAUUGAAGAAUUAUGCAAUAAGGAAGAAGCCAGGGAAGUCUUUGAAAAUAAUCCUGAAACUGAGUAUUUUUAUCCCAAAUAUUUAGGCUGCCUUGCCUCCCAUCGAGCUGGGGUUUUCAGGGUUGCUGCAGUUACUCCUGAUUCUCCAGCUGACCUGAGGGCCUGCGUCAAGGAAAUUUCAAACCAGUGCAGCCCUCUGCCAUGCCAUAAAGAUGGAUAUAAGGAUUGCAUAGAUGGACAAGGCAAAUACACAUGUGUCUGUAAACCAGGGUGGAGAGGAGAGAACUGUGAAGAAGAUAUAAACGAGUGUGAAGACUUUAAUGGAGGUUGUAGCCAACGCUGUUCCAAUUUACCUGGGAGCUACCGUUGCUUGUGUGAAGAUGGAUACUUCAUGCACUCGAACAAACGGGAUUGUGGAGAUAUAAAUGAGUGUGUGCUAUAUCCAAACAUCUGUGGGACAGCGAUUUGUAAAAACACCCAGGGAAAAUAUGAAUGUGAAUGUGCAGAAGGCUACACAUAUAAUUCAACUUCCAAGAACUGUGAAGAUAUUGAUGAAUGUGCUGAAAAUAUUUGUGCUCAACUCUGUGUAAACUCUCCAGGAAGUUACAGCUGCUAUUGUGAUGGCAAGAAAGGGUUCAAGCUCUCCAAGGACACGAAGAAUUGUGAGUCUAUUACUGAGUGUAUCCCACUGAACCUCGAAAAGAAUUAUGAACUGCUUUAUCUGGCAGAGCAAUUCAUAGGAAUUCCCGUCCUCUACUUAAAGUUUAAAUUGCCAAAUGUCACAAGAUUUACAGCAGAGUUUGAUUUUCGGACAUAUGAUGCAGAGGGAGUUAUCCUGUAUGCCGAAUCCCUUGACAAUUCAGCAUGGAUAUUGCUGGCUCUUCGUGAUGGGAAGAUUGAAGUUCAGUUCAAGAAUGAAUUUGGAACAAAAGUCACCAGUGGAGGCAAAGCCAUUAAUGAUGGACUGUGGCAUAUAAUAUCAGUUGAAGAACUGGAGCACAGCAUCAGUGUAAAAAUAGCUAAAGAAGCUGUGAUGAGUAUUAACAGCCCAGGAACUCUUUUUAAACAGUCCCAGGGUUUUCUGGAAACUAAGGUGUACAUUGCAGGAUUACCUCGCAAAGUGGGCAAUGCUCUUGUUAAGCAGAUUAACCCUCGGUUAGAUGGUUGUAUUCGUGCCUGGAACCUGAUGAAUCAGGGACAUUCAGGUGUAAAAGAAGUUAUUCAAGAAAAACAAAGCAAACACUGUUUAGUAUCAGUGGGGAGAGGAUCCUUCUACCCUGGCACUGGAAUGGCAGCAUUUCAGAUAAACUAUAAUAACCUUGACAGUGCUGAAGAUUGGCUAAUAAAUGUGACUCUGAGUAUUCGCUCAUCCACAGACACUGGUGUUAUGUUUGCCUUGGUUUCUAAUGAAACAGUGCCUCUUGCAUUGUCCAUAGUGGACUCUAACUCCUCUGACUCACAGAAAGUCACUGUGACCGUUGGAAACAUCACUGUUGCACACCUGGAAUCAAAGAAGUUGUGUACCCCCAGAAAGGUGCAGGUUGGACUUUUAGUAACCAAACAGGAACUUGAACUGUCUGUGGAUUCACACACAGACAGAAGCAAUUCAGAGCACCUGUCUGUCCUGAAUCAAGCCAUGAUGGCAAACGUUGUCACUUACUUGGGUGGGCUGCCAGAUGUUCCUCUGGGUGCUACACCAGUGACUGCUUUUUAUAAUGGCUGCAUGGAGGUGAAGGUCAACAACAGGCAGCUGGAUCUGGAUGAAGCCAUUUCCAAACACAACGACAUCAGAUCUCACUCGUGCCCACUGAUUAUGCAGUAACCAUUCAGAUCUUAAUUUAACUUUUUUUUCCUUUCAGAUAUAAUUCGUGUAAUUAGUCUCAUGUCAUAAUAAAGCCUGCAUUGUUUUAUGCAA